UGUCACACAUGUGAGGAAUAUAUUCUGUGAGGAGUCUGCCCUGGUUCGCCCUUAUCUGGUUUUUUCGUAACGCUAGAUUAUUGAAGCUACAUCUCAAUUUUGUUGAUAUUGUGCAAAGCGUCUGAUACGAUGGCCAGAUGUCAUCUCUCACGACAGCUCAGCCUACUCACUGGGAAACUUGGUAACCAUGUGCACCAUCCUCUGGUUAGAAGUGCAGUUGCAGUUCAAGGAAUAAAUCCUCACUUUUCUAGCCUCCUUGCUCAGAAACAUACCAUAGCACCAAGCUUCUCAUCUAAAUUAAUAGUGAAACCUUUAUUACAACCAAACCUACUGCGAUCCAUUACAACAAGUCCAUUGCUCAGGACUCCUGUAACUGGUGAUCAUGUGCGUCUAUGGCAAGUAGAACGAGUGACUUCAGCUGUCCUGAUUGGGCUGCUUCCUGCUUGUGUCAUACUACAGAAUCCAGUGGUCGACAGCACCCUGGCUCUUUUGAUGGUGAUGCACAGCCACUGGGGUUUGGAAGCCAUAGUGAUCGACUAUGCACGUCCAAUUGUUGUUGGUAACAUUUUUCCAAAAGUAGCUCACCUUGCUUUGUAUCUGUUGUCCGCGACAACGUUAGCAGGUCUGCUUUUUUUGAUUUAUAAUGGACCAGGCUUGGGAAAGACUGUGAGGAACUUUUGGGCUGUUGGUACAAAAGAAGCUAGCAAGUAGAAAAUAAUGUGUUUACAUUGUGUGACAGAAGACACCAAUAUACUGCUAUUAUUUUGAAGUCAUCAAAUAUUCUAUAGAUAUUUAAGAAUAUGUAUUAAAUAAAUUAUCGUUUACCCUAA